GCAGGGAAAGCCAGGCAAAGCCACAUGGCGGAAAGAGUAGCAGUCCAUCGUAGAUGGGCCUGCUGGGCGAAUCGGUGGAAGUGGGCUGCCAGAGAGACGAUGUGGCUCAUGCUUAGGCGCAAUAGAAAAGACAUAAAAUAAGAACAAAUGGGGGUGAAUGCUGGAGCGUAGUUAGUAAUAGCUUAUAUGCUGAAAUAAGAAAAGGGACCCUUGGCGGAUGCAUUCACUGCAACUGAGAGAGCCUGACAGGAGAUAAAUUCCUAAGAGGCAAUAGAACAUACAGAGCAGUUCUAGGCAUUGUAGAAGCAGGUUGGAAACAAGUGCAGUCACAGAGAGACAUCAGCAUGCAGCUCCUGGGGAUCAUCACCGUGCUACUUCUCAUCUCUGGUGCCAUAGCUCAGAAUGUUUCCCAGGCGACAGGGGUUCUUACUCCACUUGCUACAUCUGCUAUAUUUGCUUUUCCAGACUGCACUUACUCAGGACAGACUGUUAGCUUGGUCAUAACUAACAGCACAUCUACUGCUACUAUUAUACAAAAUGCUACCUUCCAGGUACCACAGUGCCGCCUUAAACGUGAUAUUGUUGUGAUUAAUAAUGGACAGUCCGGUAAUGUGCAGACUGUCAAUGUGGGCUACCAGAUCCAAAACCUACAGCCAGGUACCAACUACAUGGCGACAUAUUCAAGUGGUGGAAUCUCUGGACCAUCCUUCCAAUUUAGUACAAGAACAGUGUAUCCAGCUGUCGCAAAUAUAAUGGCUCGCAGUGGAGGCAUGGUGGUGAUCACUGUCUUGUUAAGCAUUGCGAUGUUCGUGCUCUUGGCUGGGCUAAUCGCUGUUCUUAUUCUUGGAAGGAAAUGAGUACAGAAAGGGGAUGGCCUUGGAGGGCUAACAGAUUUCUGUGUCCUUUUUAAUGGAUGUUCAUCUAACAUUAAAAAUAUUUUUAUGUUUAUCUUAAAUAGAAUAGUAUGCAUAUUCAUCUUGAGCAAUAGCAAAACCAAAAUAAUUUGUGUAAAUAGUUUUUUUUUACCAUGAUUUUUAUAGAAUUGAACUCUCCACCUUUCAGCACUGUGGUGGGAGAGUGGCAAAGUAGAAUGGACUGGUGUUUGGUGAAUCAAUGUGCCACCAUGUAUGCGGGGAUUCUUGAUAAUGUAUACAAACUGUUAUGUGUUUUAAUUGAACAGUGGUUUAUUUGUAAUAAAUGUUUAUUAUCCAUAACAUA